UUCACACACACACACACACAGGCACACACAUACACACACACACUGCGGCGGCGGCGGAGCCGCUCUCACCAUGACUGGCGUCCUGUGGAUUACUUUCACUGCGUGUUAAAGCGGGAACAAGAGGCACCAUGGCUGAGAGGUUAGAAUGGGUGGAAAUCAUCGAGCCGCGCACCCGGGAGCGCAUGUACGCUAACCUGCUCACGGGCGAGUGUGUUUGGGACGCCCCGCCGGGCGUGCGGAUCAAGCGCAGCGGACAGGACCAGUGGUGGGAGCUUUUCGACUCCAAAACGUCCCGAUUCUACUACUAUAACGCUUCGACCCAGUGCACCGUUUGGCACCGCCCACAAAGCUGUGACAUCAUCCCGCUCGCUAAGCUUCAGACGCUGAAGCAGAACACCAACAUGGCUCCGCCCGCGACCACGACCAGCGCCGACAGCAGCCCGGCCCGCAGCGCCGUCAGCACCACCUCAUCACAGGAGCACGAGGAGAAGACGUCCACCGCCGAGGAGGGAGAGAGAUUUCGAUGGGGCACUGGCACCAGAGAGAGGAUGCUCAUCAAGGUGUCGGAUCGGGAACCCAGUUUUCUGACGCAGGGGAACGGAUACUCCAGUUCUUCCCCGCGAUCCAGACUCUCGUCCAGCACCGCCCCAUCGGACCCCGAAGCCACGCCCCUUUCCCUGCAGGACCGGCCCACAUCACAGUCUCCAUUCCUGAAGAGGGCGGAGUUAAGCGGCACUCAACGCCGAUGCUCGGGCGAUUCCCAGCCUUCAUCCCCUCGCUACGCGUACGAGCCUCCUUUAUACGAGGAACCGCCCUCGGAUUACCAGUCCCCGCCUAUUUAUGAGGAACCGCCCACUGACAUGCACUGCGACCCCGCCUUUUUUGGUUCCGACAGAUCUCCGGCACGAAAACCAGGUCUUUAUCACUCGCCCAAACAAAGCCCGUCUCCUUACGGUCAACUUGUGUUGACGAGACAGCGCAGCUCAACGCCCGAGAAGACGUCUAACCAAGGCGAUCGGGACUACAGCUCAAGUGGGCGGGACUACAGCUCCAGUGGGCGGGAUUAUAGCUCAAGUGGGCGUGAUUAUAGCUCAAGUGGGCGGGAUUAUAACUCUAGUGGACGGGAGUAUAGCGCCGCUGGGCGGGAAUAUGUAAAACAACUCGUUUAUGUUGAGCAAUCUGGCUCCUCCCCUCGAUUUCGCACGACUGAACGUUUGAUGAGCUACGGGACCAGUUCAAAUAGCCUGUCGGCGGGAUUUUCUUACGGGGGCUCUUUUACGCUACAGCACAGUCACGAUCUCAAUGGUGGCAACAGAAAACGGAAGAACCGGAAGCCGUCUUUGCCGGGAGGAGAGGGGGACGGCAUGGGAUUGGGUCUCGGGGCGAUGAUCACUCAGGCCCGGUUGGCGUGGGAGGCCCAGCAGAUGUUACAUCAGCGAGGGGGCGUGUCCUCGGAUCAGGGAGGGAAAGACGGGUAUGAAAGUGACGGGGCGACGCCCCUGCCGCUGCCUGGCCCGGUGGUUCGGGCUUUCAGCGAAGACGAGGCGCUGGCACAGCAGGAAAGCCACUGGAAACGGGCCACUCUGGACAGACUGGCAUUUCCUCAGGCGCUUCUAGAAAAGAGUCUGUCCAUGCAAACCAACCUGGCGUCACCUGAACCGUACCUCCAUCCCUCGCAGUCGGAAGAUCUGGGAGCGUGUUCCCAGUUCGAGGCCAGCCGGAACGCCAGGAACAUGAUGCCCAGCGCGAGCUGUGGCGUCUUCCCCGAGUUCACGCUCCGCAAGCCCUCCUCGGAGACGGACAUCGAGAACUGGGCGUCCAAACACUUCAACAAGCACACCCAGGGGCUGUUCAGGAGGAAAGUGUCCAUUGCCAACAUGCUGGCCUGGAGCAGCGAGCCCAUCAAGAAGCCCAUGAUCGUGACUUCGGACCGAACCGUGAAGCGCGAGGCCGUGGACCUCUUCAAACUGAUCCAGAUCUACAUGGGCGACCGGCGUGGGAAAGGAGACCCUCUGUCGGUGGCUCUGGAGGUGACGGUGCGGGGCUGGAGCUGUCAGGGCCUGAGGGAUGAGCUUUUCAUCCAGCUCUGCAGACAAACCACCGAGAACUUCCGCUACGACAGCCUUCAGAGAGGCUGGGAGCUCAUGGCCAUCUGUCUGGCCUUCUUCCCCCCCACGCCUCGCUUCCACAACUACCUGGAGGGCUACAUCUACAGACACAUGGACCCGCUGAACGACACCAAGGGAGUGGCGAUAAGCAGCUAUGCAAAAUACUGUUACCGUAAACUCCAGAAAGCGGCGCUCACCGGAGCCAAGAAGGGUUUGAACAAGCCGUCGAUCGAGGAGAUCGCUCACGCCCGUAACGCCAUCUUCCGGCUGUCGAUGUUCGGCUCGUCUCUGGAGGAGGUGAUGCUGAUGCAGAAGGACCGCUACCCCGAUCGAGAGCUGCCGUGGGUGCAGACGCGGCUCUCCGAGGAAGUGCUCGGCCUGAACGGAGACCAGACCGAGGGCAUCUUCAGGGUGCCUGGAGACAUUGAUGAAGUAAACGCGCUCAAAUUACAGGUGGACCAAUGGAAGGUGCCGACCGGCCUGGAAGACCCACACAUUCCAGCGUCCCUGUUGAAGCUCUGGUACCGAGAGCUGGAGGAGCCGGUGAUUCCUCACGAGUUUUAUGAGCAGUGUGUGAUGAACUACGACAGUCCUGCGGCCGCGGUCAGCGUCGUCCUCAACCUCCCUCACAUCAACAAACUGGUGCUCUGCUACCUCAUCCGAUUCCUACAGGUUUUUGCUCAAGCCGGCAGUGUGUCCUUGACUAAGAUGGACGUCAGUAACCUGGCGAUGGUCAUGGCCCCAAACUGCCUGCGCUGCCAGUCCGACGACCCGCGCGUCAUCUUCGAGAACACGCGCAAAGAAAUGAGCUUCAUCCGCGUGCUAAUCCAGCACCUCGACACCAGCUUCAUGGAGGGGGUGCUAUAGCACACACACAUUAACAUUCACACCUAACCAUUUACUGCGGGUGAAAAGAACCAUUCGCCCACACAUGAAUCACCCAGCAAGCAACCUAUCGUUUACUCACACACACACACACUCGCAUAAAUAACACACAGUCUCACUCACCUUCCCGAACAGAUCCCGAUGAUUUCUGAAUGUUUCUGAAUAGAUAAACCAUCCGUCCUCACAUGAUAGUGACUGUCCUGCUUUGGUUUCUAGCGUGCAUGUGUGUAUCGAAAGUGUCCGUUUCUGUUUUUUAACUCGACUGACUUGUAGAACGGUCUGUCUGAUUUUAUAUGAUUAAUUUAUUUGUUAUUUAUUCCAAUAAGGGGUUUGUAAGUAUUGUACUGCCUUUUGAAAUAGAAAACAUCUGUCUUUACUGA